CUCCUUUCUAACUUAGAUUUACUUCAAUAGACUUAUUCCCAAGUUUUGAGCCUUUGUUUUGGAGAAUCUAAUCGACUGGAUGGAAGUAUCAGCUUUAUAGGCGAAAUUUAUAUAGACGAAUUUCCAAACGAAAAACUUUCCUUGAGACUUGGGUUCUCUUCAUCAUAGUUGAUUUAUUCAAGUUAUCCGUCCGUCGAAGCUUUCACCAUUCACUCGGUGUUGCUUGAUUCAAACGUACUAUCAAACGAUAGACGAGUAUCCAUUUUCCGUGAUUUGCAUAUCUGAUUACAAAGGCUUUUUUUUUGAUUGUUUCCUUUUUUGGUUCUAACUUGGUUCAACAGAUUUCUUUUUUGUAUCGGAUUCAAUUUGAUUCAUUUUUGGAGGAUCAAACAGUUCAUUUCAGUUCGUCUUUUCUUAAUCGGCUUAUAGAUCCUUGGUUUAUUUCUUUGGGCUUCAUUUUUAAUUCUUUAUUUUUUUAUUUUUCUUAAUAACUGCUUUUCUGUCUUUUUAUUAUUCUCUCUUCGAUCUAUCAUCAUCAUAAUCAUUCAUCAUGACUUAUCCCACCGAAGACUAUGAUUACGAAGGCCUUCCCGAAAACUCACCCAUGUAUGCUCACUUACUUGCCGGUGCCUUUUCCGGUAUCCUUGAGCACUCCGUCAUGUAUCCUGUAGACGCCAUUAAAACACGCAUGCAAAUACUCAACGGUGUUUCUCGCAGCGCAACUGGUAAUGUCGUGGCUUCUGCUUACAAAAUUGGCUCAACCGAGGGUGUCUUUUCUCUUUGGAGAGGUAUUAGCAGUGUCAUUAUGGGUGCUGGACCUUCCCAUGCCAUUUAUUUCUCUGUUCUGGAAAUGUUCAAGUCCAAAUUCAACGCUUCCGCUGAUCGGCCGCUCAUCACAUCCUUGGCCGGUGCUUGUGCUACUACCAUUAGUGAUGCCUUUAUGACCCCCUUUGAUGUUAUCAAGCAACGAAUGCAACUUCCCACUACCAACUACAGAUCUCCUCUUCAAUGCGCUCUUACACUUUUCCGUCGUGAAGGCGUGUCUGCCUUUUACAUUUCCUAUCCUACCUCGAUCGCCAUGUCCAUACCUUAUACCGCUAUUCAGGUUGGUUCCUACGAUGUUGGAAUGAACUUUUUUAAUCCUGAAGGCGUUUACAAUCCCGUUUCUCAUAUCAUUUCUGGUGGUCUUAGUGGUGCAGUCGCUGCAAGCCUGACUACUCCUCUGGAUGUCGUAAAGACGCUUUUACAGACCCGUGGCUCUUCCACGAUCCAAGAGGUGAAAGAAUGCAAAGGUUGCCUUAAUGCCAUCCGAAUCAUAUAUAAUUUUGGUGGUGUCCCUGCUUUCUUCAAAGGUAUCAAGCCUCGUGUUAUCGUUUCCAUGCCGGCCACUGCCGUUUCCUGGGCUGCUUAUGAAGCCGGAAAAGAGAUUCUGUCUCAAGUAUCCAGUCCCCCGGAAGUCUAGUCUAUAUUGUUUUUUACCUACUUUUUCUUCUAUCCUUGUUCUUAACAUCCGAUAAUGUGGCUCUUUUUAUUUUUCCGCUCUUCGAAAGGUUUGAACUGAUAGCUUUUUGUUUACAACACUAUUUGUAUAUGUAUAUAUAUAUAUCUUUUGAGCUAAUAUUUUUUUUUUAUUCCUAUCUGUCCCCCAAAAAAGGCUUAAAUCCGCUACUACAUGCCUUGUGCUUUCUUUUAUAUUUUUUUUUUAUGGUUAUAAAAAAAAAGGGUUUCUUUUUGUUAGGUUAUUAGAAGUUUCAAUAAAAAAAUGCAUUUUUAUUUAUCCCUAAGGCCA